AUGGCCAACCACCCUUUCUCUGUUUUCCUUAUUUGCCUCUCGCUGAUUACCUGUGCCAGAUCAAACUCUUUUUCUUUCAACCUACCCAGUUUUGAGCCGGGUAUUAGAAGCAUACUAGUGGGUGAUGAUGCCAAGACAACAGGUGGAGUACUACAACUCACCAACAAGGACCAAAGCGGCAAUCCAACUCAACACAGCGUUGGCCUCUCAGCAUACUUUGCACCACUUCAUCUCUCCGACCCAAAAACUGGCAGGGUGGUAGAAUUCACCACCGAGUUCUCCUUUGUUGUCAACACAAAGGGUGCAUCACUCCACGGCGACGGCUUCACCUUCUUCCUUGCAUCACUCGAUUUUGAAUUCCCUGACAACUCAAGUGGUGGAUUCCUCGGGCUUUUCAACAAGGAAACAGCAUUCAACACCUCCUUAAACCAAGUGGUGGCUGUUGAGUUUGAUAGCUUUGCAAAUGAAUGGGAUCCCAACUUCCCACAGUCUGAUUCUCCUCACCUAGGAAUUGACAUCAAUUCCAUCAGGUCCGUGGCAACUGUGCCAUGGCCACUUGAUAUUCAACCACAAGGAUCAGUCGGGAAGGCACGCAUCAGCUAUCAAUCUACCGCCAAAAUAUUGAGUGUCUCCGUGGCUUAUCCAAAUAGUCCUGCGACAAACGCCACAGUUUUAUCGUAUCCCGUUAAUUUAGGGACGGUUCUGUCAGAAUGGGUCCUAGUCGGUUUCUCUGGUGCCACCGGUGACUUGGUUGAAACACACGACAUUCUUUCGUGGUCUUUCGAUUCCUUCUUGUAG